AUGACCGAAACGAGGUUUCAGGAAAUUGAUAUUUUUGAGGUUGAGUGUGAAUAUGCAAAUGAGGCAGCAUAUGCUUACUUGUUCAACUCUCUCCACGAGAUCGAAGAAAUGGAAGAACUCCAAUCACCGAUCCCUCAAACUGAUAACAGCAAUAUUGGAACCUCGUCAUCAAAGACAGGGAUUGCCGAGCAACCCAGUGAGGACGCCCAUGAAUUAGUUCGCCGGAGAAUGGGAGACCUUGCCUGCAACAAAGCUGGAAUGCAAGGAUUAGACACAGAAAAGAUCAAUCGAAUUAUAUAUGAAGCUACCAAGGGUACACCGUUCUUUGAAAACGAAGCAAGGAAAGACACAGCCGUUAGUGUUAGAAUUGAAAAAUUGAAAGAAAGAUACGAAACCCUAAAAAAACGAGAUAUAUUUACGUUCGCAUUCACAGUGGACAAGAUUAUUCAAAAAUAUGAAAGGGAAAGAGAUCUAUCUCGAACAAUCGUUCACAUAGACAUGGAUGCAUUCUAUGCAUCGGUCGAAGAACGCGACUAUCCCCACCUGAAGAAUGUUCCAAUUGCUGUUGGCGAUAACAUGAUGUUGAGUACAUCAAGCUACGAAGCACGUAAGUAUGGCGUUCGCAGCGCAAUGCCCGGGUUCAUUGCCAUGAAAUUGUGCCCUCAACUCGUUAUAAUACCGUGCCAUUUCGAUAAAUACACGGCUGUCUCAAAUAAAAUCCGCGAAAUUUUCGCCCGUUACGAUCCUAAUUUUUCUCCGGUAAGUCUGGAUGAGGCUUACUUGGAUAUCACAAAUUAUCUCCAAAUCACAAAUAAAUCUCCAGAAGAAAUAAGUCAACAAAUUCGGAAUGAAAUAUUUGAAGAAACAAAACUGACGGCUAGUGCAGGCAUUGGAGCGAAUAUGUUAUUGGCCAAGAUUGGAUCCAAUAUCAACAAACCAAAUGGACAACAUUUUCUCCAAAAAAAUUACGAAUGCAUAAUGGAAUUCAUGAGAAAUCUUCCUAUACGAAAAGUUCCGGCCAGGCUCAGUGCAGAAAAAUCAAACCCGGCUAGUAUCGGCAAAGUUACAGAAAGAAUUCUUGGUGCCCUGGAUAUUAAGACAUGUGCUGACAUAAUUGACAAGCGUCUAUAUCUUUAUCGGUUAUUUUCGGAACAUUCGUUCAACUUCUUCAUGCGGGCUGCACUCGGAAUUGGUUCAUCGAUAACUCCAAUAGAGAUUGAAAGGAAAAGUGUUGGUGUCUCAAGAACGUUUUCAUCACCAAUUCGGCCUAAAGAUCGAUUAUCAAAGCUCCGCCAAUUAUGUGAACUUUUGGCGACCGAGCUUGAUAAAGAAAAUGUUUCUGGAAAAACCUUAUCAGUAGUCUUUAAAGAAGUUUCCUUUAGAACAUUUACUCGUGCAAGAACCAUCAAUAAAUACAUCCACUCGGCAGAUAAUUUGUUCCAUUACAGCAGACAGAUAGUGGAGGCUGAAAUGCCCACGGAUUUAAGGCUAAUGGGAAUUCGACUGACUAAAUUGCGGCCUCGUGACACGGAAAUAAAAAGUGGCGUAAAAAGGUACUUUCCUGUGAUAGGAAGCGGUAGCUGCAAAAAGAUCUGUUCCGGAUCUAGUAAUGGUAAAAAGUCAGUAGAAUCGGUGAAAACUUCUAAACCAACUACUUCUGCUACAAAUUCUCGAUCAAAAUGGCAUGAAGUUCCUGCCAUUGCUCAGUUUUUCAAGUGUCCACGUUGCGAAAGACAGUAUAUCAAUGAGAAAAUCGCUCACAUCAAUGAACAUUUAGAUCAAUGUAUGAUUAAUAAUGCACAUCCCAAUGAUAAUAGCAAUGAGCUAAUCAUGAAGACUAAUUCGGAUCCGACCAUUGGAGGAAGUGGUAUAACCUUAGACACCCUUGAAAACGUGGCUUGUGGUCGAACCAACGAAGUCAUUUGUCAUCAAGACUCUCGAACAUUGAUAGAGAUUUUGGAUGAGAAAGAUCAGCAGCAGCAUGAUGGCGAAACAGUGGAACUUUUGAGCACGAAUGUUGCUUUAAAAAAUGUUAAAAAAACUCGUAGUUUAGAAAACUCAUCGGAUACAGAAAAUAUUCUCAAUGUUCAACAAAUAAUAACUUGGGAGUGCCCCAAAUGUCAAAAAAAUUUCAACAGACCAACGCUCAUGCGAAUAAAUACUCAUUUAGAUGUGUGCUUGCGGAAAAAAGUCACAUUAAGAAGUCGAAGGUAA